AUGAAGGAGGCGUAUGUGGUUGUUGGUGUAAAGAAGGGAAAACAGGUGGCACGCAUGCAGUCGGUUGGUAAUAGCCCUGGCUCGUCUGAUCCGGACGCUGAGGCACAAUCUAUUAAUGCAAUGCAUGCUGCAAUUAAGGCUUUUGUCAAGGCGGAUUUCGCAUCCUACCUCCACUUGGGUGAGCUCGGCCUUGCUGAUCUUCGCCAAUUGUGCUCUGAAGAGGAAGAACACGUUCCAGAUGGUAGCAUUGGGGGCACUGCUUCGACUCAACCUCGCCAGGGUUAA